CCAAUCAGAGGUUAGUUACAAAAACCUACGUUUUCUGAAGCGUCAUGCCGACUUUGAACUAGCCGGGAUAUAAAACCCGGCUUAUGUAUUUUUUCUUCAGUCUUCAGCAAGUCUUCCAAGACAUCACAUUGCUCAAAUUUGUGCCUUAGUAAUUUUUUACUAAAAUAAAAAUUAAAUUAAUCAAGUAAAGAGUGCAGUGACUUACCGAGUAUUUUAUAUAAUAAUAAUAAAUAAAAUAAAAAUGCAAGUUCUUUCGUAUUAUCCUUCAAUGAUGUACAACUGUGGUCCUCAUCCAGUUGACGGUCAUCAAGCUAUUGAUGUCAAGCUGGACAAUAAAAAUCUUUGGAUGAAGUUCCAUAAUCAUACGAAUGAAAUGAUUAUUACUAAACUUGGACGGCGGAUGUUCCCAUCGUUCCAGGUCACAGUAGAGGGUCUAGAUCGUCGAUUGCACUAUUGCGUGAUGAUGGAAGUAGCCCCGUCGUCUAGACGCCGUCACAAGUACGUGGGAUGUGAGUCAACAAGUGGCUCGGUAUGCGACGGUGAGUCGAAAGUUAGGGGCUGGACUAGCGCCGGAGCAGCUGAACCCCAGCCCCCGAUUCACAAGAGAAUUUAUAUUCAUCCUGACAGUCCGGCUACUGGGUCUCACUGGAUGAAUCAGCCUAUCAACUUCACUAAGCUUAAACUUACUAACAAUGUCGUCGACCAUCACAACAAUGUCGUACUAUGCUCAAUGCACAAAUACAUCCCAAAAAUCUGGAUCAUCUUAUCAUCACCAAACGAAAACAUGAUGAACCUGUUCUCUCAACCAUCAUUGACCUUCUCCUUCCCAGAGACGGAGUUCAUCGCAGUGACGGCGUAUCAAAACGAGAGUAUCACCAAGCUAAAGAUCAACCACAACCCCUUCGCAAAAGGAUUCCGCGAGACCGGCAAGAGUUGCAAAAGGAAGCUCGAGAUUUUCAAUAAGAGCCUGCAGGACGAAGAAGACAACUCCUGCGACGAGCAAAGCUGUCGCUUCUCCACCUCAGGAGACAGCGGAGUUAGCAGCAACGAAGGGAGCAGCCCCCCGCCGAUGAUCCAGGAGGAACUCCAGUCUAAAUUCUACAGGCCUUGGUUAGACGCUCCUUAGACUUCAACCAUUUCUGUUUACUCUUGCGGGUACCAAGUACCGUUAUAUUAAAUUUAGACAAAAAAGAACAAAGUGCUGCAUGUCAAAAAAGAUAACACUGCCUUUCUAGUUUUUUCAAAGGCUAGUGAUAUCUUUAUUAUAUUAUUACAAUUACAAUAAUUGAACAUUAAAUAUUCAUAUAUUUUAUAAUACCAAAGUUUAUUAAAAAUAUCAAGAGACUAUUGUACAUAUUUUAGUUUAAGAUUUAGUAAUUUUAAGAAGAAUUUGUAUUGAAUAAAAUAUUUUUUUAAAAUAUAA